AUGGAGAAGCGCUGGGGCGUCUUAGCGCCCUGGACGUCGGUCCUCCGGCUGCUGUUCCACCCACUAGACGCCUCAGGGCGUUCUUUGCCUCCGCUCUUCUCCUUACGCAAAGAGUGGGACGCAGAGCGGGACUGUGAGAUUCUGGUGCGGUACCAGGCGGAGCUUCACGCCUGCGCUACGGCGGAGGCGUGCGUCCGUGACCUGGUUCAACACUGUGGCGUCCACCAGCACCACAAGCCUCGUCGGGCAUAUAUUAAUGCAUUGGCGAAAAUCGCAGCUAUGGAUAAGAGAUUGAGAGAAGACAAACCUGGCGUGGAGAUUCGGGUGCCCAUUGAGACCAAGAGCGGGUUUGACGGACUGUCGACGAUCCGCAAGGCGGAACGAAUGAUACAAGAGGAGUGGAGGGAGUCCUCUCAGCUAGAAGUGCAGCCGCUCUUGAUGAGAUGCACGUUUGUGCUGCAGCCUGUCGUGGUGAACGAGCUGGAAAAGAACACGAUUGACUCGGCUAUGACUGCAAAAUAUCGAGCACUUGACACUGCAAACGGAAGCAACAAGCUGAAGAAGCAGCACGCUUUCGGUCAGCUGAUGACCAGCCUAAUUGACAGUACACGGCGCAGGCGUGAACUACCUACGACGCUCACUUUGGACAUCGAGGUGGUCAAUCCGAACAAAAUGCGUCAGAUCGACACUCUUUCGAUCACGACGUACAGAAUCCCGCCGCGUAAGAAGAUUGAGGCGAUGCUUUCCGCUAUGGCACGGAGCCAAUCCACCAGGAAGCUAACGCUCAGCUUGUUAAUGAACUUAAAUGAUGUCGGCGAUACUGCGCACUGGUGGAAGUGGGUGGCGUACGCGUUUUUCUCGAAGCGAGCCUGCUCCUCCCUCGACGAACUCGCUCUUACGUGGAUUAGCUCGAUGACGGUAAAUGACAUCGAGGCAUUUUGCAGCGUUCUCGAGUCUGAACAUCCAGAGGAAGACCACGAGGGAUGGUCGAGGAGCGAGAUGCAACCUUAA